GUCUGUUUUCGACUGCCUGGCAGCGCGGUUCUGGAACGCGUACAACACAAACAGUUAACAAUUUCAAAUUUAACAAUUUACAAUGAACAAUUGACUGUCAUAAAUAAACUCGGUUCGGUGCUUCGCUGGUUUUAGCCAAUUUCAAUUUGUACGUUUUUCGGAACAUUUUUGUGAUUGUGCAACUCGAUGUGAAAAAACGUGAAAAACUUUCGAAAGUGCGCAGCCAAUUGCAGUGAAUACUAUUUGAAUAUACUGUACACUGUACAGCUUAACCGACGAAUUUUGAGUGGCCAAUCCAAAAAUUUUGUGUAAACAAUACAAUUAACUUGGCCAGCUUUAAUUUACAGUUCGAAUAACUAGCAAUUUGGAUUGAUCCUCCGUGAAAGGAAUUUACUGGCGAGCAUGGAUGAGGCGAAACUGAUGAGUCUUCGCAAUGGUUAUGCGAAAGCGAUGGAUGAUCAUUGCCCGCUUAUCACCGGCACACAGGAUGAAUCGCCCAUGCAAAUGUUUUACAAGGACAAAGGCGUCUUUCUCACAGGCGGCACUGGAUUCUUUGGCAAAAUUAUUAUUGAGAAACUGUUGCGCGUCACGGAGGUGGCACAAAUAUAUUUGCUGAUUCGCACUAAGAAGGGCAAGGAUGCCCAUGCCCGCAUGGAGGAUCUCUUUAAUGAUCCGGUCUUUGCCAAAAUGAAACAGAUUAAUCCAAAGUAUCGCUGUCAGAUCACAAUAAUUAGUGGGGAUUGCUCUCUUCCUGGUCUGGGAAUCUCACAGCACGAACGGGAGACAAUCAAGGAGAAUGUCAACAUUGUCCUGCACAGUGCGGCAACAGUGAGAUUCGAUGAGAAACUCAAAAUGGCCAUUGCCAUCAAUGUGCAUGGCACCAAGGAAAUCAUCAAGUUGGCCAAAGAGAUUGUUAACCUCAAGGCUCUAGUGCAUGUUUCAACCGCAUUUGCACACUGCAACAUGCGGUAUAUUCAGGAGAAGUUCUACAAUUGCAUGAUGACUGGCGACAAUGCGUUCAAGUUGACAGAAUGCCUCGAUGAGCAUACGCUGAAUACGUUGACGCCGACGAUAAUCAAGGGAUAUCCGAAUACAUAUACCUACACCAAAGUGCUGGCCGAGGAUGUGAUUCAGCAGCAUGCACAGAAAUUGCCUGUGACCAUAUUUCGACCAGGCAUUGUGAUCACCACCUACAGGGAACCGGUGACUGGCUGGAUUGACAACAUGUAUGGUCCUUGUGGCGUCAUUGUGGGCAUCGGAUCGGGCGUGCUGCGUGUUUUCACCGGCAACAUGGAUAACAAGGCUCACAUUGUGCCCGUCGACAUGUGUGUUAAUGCCUUGCUGGCCACCGCUUGGGAUGUGGCAAGAAACACCUAUGAGACACCGCCAAUCUAUAACUAUGUGCCGGAUGCGGAUAAUAUGGUCACCUGGCGGAAUUAUAUGCAGACGGGUUUCAAGUAUGUCAACGAUAUACCCAUGAGAAAAUCCAUCUGGUAUCCUUGCUUUACGAUUGUGCCACACAUGUGGCAAUAUCACAUAUUGUGCUUCUUAUAUCACACAUUGCCCGCCAUGUUCAUGGACUUGAUUAUGGUUCUAAUGGGAAAGAAACCAAGAAUGAUGAAAAUCUAUCGCAAGAUACACAAAUUCAGCAAUGUCCUGAAGUUCUUCAGCUCAAAUGAGUUUCGAUUCGAUAACGAUAAUGUUCGACGAUUGGUCGAUAAGUUGGAUGAACGGGACAAGCGAUUGUUUGCCUUUGAUAUGCGUGAUUUGGAUUGGCCAAAUCUAUUCCGAGUCAGUCUCUAUGGACUGCGUCUGUAUGUGGUCAAGGAUGAUCCCAACAAUCUACCCGAAUCGAUAAAGCGCAUUAAACGCAUGAUGAUUCUACACUAUUCGACUCUUGCUAUUUUCUAUUCGUUAACAUUGUGGGCGCUCUACGGACUGGUCAAGUUAAUAUUCUUUUAAUCUUUUGAAGAUUUCUAAAGUAUAUAUUCUUAUCAUAUGUAAAAUUGAGGUUACUUCUAUGUUCUUUCCUCUAUAUCUUUGUCUCAGUUUCGCAAUAGUUUAGUGUAGUUUUUAGUGCUACUCAUGAUUGUGUUUAGUGUAUAGUUCUAUGGUCGGUUACAGCGCUCUAUCCAAAAUCUGUAUAGUUUAGUUUGUAUGUAAAUGUACUCGUACUAUACUAAAGUUGAUCAUGUAACACACACUGUGUAUAUAUUUACUUACUUAUAUUUAUGUAUUGAAGCUAAUCGAAUCAACAAUAAAAAGAAAUCGCUUCACAUUUUUGGGACAAGUUAAAA